ACAAGCAAAAUGCAUUAGGGUCUUCACAAGGAAGAUGGUUUCAUAUUUAAACCAUGUGUAGAGGAGCAUCAAAACAUUAAACAAAAGAAUUCCACAAGCGCAGAGUUGGAUUGAAAUUGGUCAAGAGGUAGUGUUAAAAUCACCCCAUUUAUUUAUACAAUAAACUAAAAAGUAAGACAACAGCUUAGAAGCGUUCCAAAUAUAAAACUGAAGUCUUGGAUGAAGACCAUCCUAAUACCAGUAAGACACUCUGGAAUAAGAAGUUUUUUCUAAUCCUGAGGAUGCAUAUCAGGAUUGAGUCCAUUGGCACUGGAUUGGUCAGGAGCAUCUGAGGUUUGCGCAUUUUGAAAAGCAGCCUUUCUCAGUUCAUUUUUUAUGUAAAUUUAUCUCAGCAGUGUGCCUAAAAACAUGUUCCCCUUUUUUCCUUUAUCUUUCACGAUCAGCUCUUGGGAAGGGCUUGCCUUCAGUUUCUCAGUCUGAUGACUAGUGCCAGAUUCUUUCAUUUUCGGUGGAUCUAGAACCAAACAAAAGCUCAUAACUAUCACAAAUUUAACAGAUUCCCCAUCCAAAAAAUGCAUUGGAAAUAUUACUCAUUUUAUUUAUCAUUAACACUCUAUCCACUUUGCAGAGGCAAACAAAACGCAAACACUUCAGAUUGGUUUGAGAGGAUUCAUUUUGUUUUGUUUAUUUUUCUAAAAGGCUAAAAAAUUGAGAUGUGUUAACUCAAAAGUGUAGCAACAAUCAGAUAGUAAUAUCUAUAUCAACAAACCAAUACACCACGCAACAUCUACAGCCAAAUAUCCAAUCAUCGUCAUCAUCAAAGCAGAUCAUAAAGGAAAUUCGAGCCGUUACCGACGAUCAUCAUAACAAUUUUAACACUAUCAUCCCUAAUUUCAACAUUACAAAGCACACGUCAUAACCAACCGAUAAUCAUCAACAUCAUCAUCCUCAAGUUGCGACUUACUCUGACCGAAACCACACAAAUCAAACGAAAAGUUUAGUAAUUACCUCACCGGCAAGGCGCAGCGACUACCGGUUCCGGCCGGUGUCUCGAACACGGAUCAAAGAAAAAUUAAAAAUACUAAGAAAAAUGAAGAUCAAAAUUUAGAAAUAGGGAUCAAGGAGCUGAACAGUAGCUGAAAAGUCGGCGUCUUGGUGCGGAAAGAUGAACAAGAGAGGUCUCGAAGUUCUCAUGCGGACCAAAGUGCGUCCCUCCAUAUCACCACCUUCUCCGAACACAUUUCACAAAAUGAAGACCUCUCCCCGGGAAAGCGCCCCAAUUUCUCCUCCCUCUACACCCUCCGAUUCCGAAAGGGACUUUACUCAAGUAAGGGAUUGGAUGGACUCUGCAAUAUCAAUGAUUAACAAGGCAGAAAUUUUAGAUGCUGCUCUAGAUGAGUUUUCUGAGGGUUAUGUUUGUCUUUCCCAUGAAAGUCGUCGGAAAUUAUUUCUUGCACUUGGCCAAGAUUAUGAUCUCCAACGGGCUCAAGUUUGCAAGCUGAUGAAACAAUAUCUUGGUCUUCAGCUUCCAAGUGAUAAGGCUGAAAACAGUGGGAAUGAAGAGGAAGGGUCACUUUCUGCUUUCUACAGGAUAGAGCGGAAUCUGAGGCAUGCUUUGAAGCCAAUGAAUGAAGUUCUCUUUGAGCGCCUCAAUACGCAUCCCGGAGGGUUGAAGUUCCUAUCUGAUAUGCGGGCUGAUAUUAUUUCGAUUCUCGCGUAAGGUUAUGUCACACGUUGAGUAAUUUUGAUCCUUCCAUCAUUAGUUCUAUGGACGAUUGGACAUGUUUAAUAGUCAAAUUAAAUUCACGAGGAAUGAGAAGGGGUUUCCUGGAACACGGAGGAAAUUAUAAGAAAAUUGAAAGGAAAGAACUUUUGGAGGGGAAUAUAAGAUCUACCUAUAU